CGGAGCGCUGUUUAUUUUUGCAAUGUUUAGACCAUAAAAAAGCGCUUAGAAUCAUGGAAAUUGAGCAAACGCCCACAAAUGUCGCCACAUCUGAUACGAAUUCGACUUCAGAAUAUCUGGAUGCCGAGGGUGAGUCUGAUCCAGAUGAAGGUGUUGCCGAUGGUGUCGAUGAGCAAGACGAUUACUACCAGGAGCAAGAGCGAGAAGCUGAGGCACAAAGACAUAGUAUUAUCUCGGAACUGCGCGGUGAGCUGGGCACGCGUACUGGAAACGCGCUUAGCCCGGAUCCGGGAGCAGAGUCCGGACAAUCUAAGGAUUUGGCUGCUUCGGUAGAGUCUCUUGCCUUGAGCGCGUCGGCCAGUGUCAAAACCGAGGAUAGCGGCAAUACAGUAGACGACGAGCCAGACCACGACUAUCAGAAUGACAGCGCGUGGUGUGGCCAGAAGAAGCAUAUAUUCAUAUUAAGCGAGGCGGGCAAGCCCAUUUACUCCCUCCACGGCAGUGAAGACAAACUUGUCACGCUUUUUGGCGUCAUACAGGCCUUGGUUAGCUUUGUGCAACAUAGCCAGCAGGAUGCCAUCACCUCAAUACACGCACGCGGCAUUAAAUUUGUGUUCAUACAGCGAAACUCGUUAAUUCUUGUGGCAGCCUCGCGCACCAACAUGAGUGUCCAGCAGUUACAACGGCAGUUGAGCGAUGUCUACAAUCAAAUAUUAUCCACACUCACGUACUCGCAUAUGUCAAAAAUUUUUGAGAAGCGCAAGAAUUUUGAUCUUCGCCGUUUAUUGUCUGGGAGUGAACGGUUGAUAUACAAUCUCUUAUCAAAUGACAGCAGCAGUAAACGUGUCUCCAAUAACGUAUUCGAUUUCCUCACCAACUCUAUACGAGUUUUUCCAUUGGCAACUUCGACGCGGUCAAAUAUCAUCAGCGCUAUACAAGCAAAUUGCUCAAAGAUUAAAGAUCUCGUGUUUGCCGUGCUCAUAGCCAACAAUCAACUUAUUGCUCUGGUGCGCAUGAAAAAAUACUCUAUACAUCCGGCUGACUUGCGUCUUAUUUUCAACCUCAUCGAAUGUUCUCAGUCCUUUAAGACCUACGAGAAUUGGACACCCAUUUGUUUGCCUAUUUUUGAUAAGAAUGGAUAUUUGCAUGCGCAUGUUUCAUAUUUGGCCGAAGAUUGUCAGGCUUGCCUUUUGCUGCUCUCAGUCGACCGCAAUGCCUUUUUUACAUUAUCGGAGGCCAAGGCGCGUAUAACGGAAAAAUUGCGCAAAAAUCAUUGCCUCGAUGCCAUUAACGAAGGGCUGCAGCAACCCUACAAUGAUGCCAAGCUUUACGAACAGGUGCUUAGCGUUCCCGAGCUUCGACAUUUUUUGUAUAAGCCGAAGACGACGGCUCAAUUAUUGUGCCCAAUGCUUAGGCAUCCGUAUAAAUCUUUAGAAGAAUUCGAACGUCUAGAGGCCGUCUAUUGUAACAUCUUACACCGUAUACACAAUAAUGCACGACCAUUAAAGUUAAUCUACGAGGUAAGGGAGCGCGAAAUAGUGCUGGCCUGGGUAACAGCCACCUACGAAUUAUACGCGGUGUUUGAGCCCAUCGUGGACAAGGCUACGGUUAUCAAAUAUGUAGAUAAGCUGAUCAAAUGGAUUGAGAAGGAAUACGAUGUGUACUUUAUACGGACGCAUGCAACGUUUUGAGGGAGGCAGCGAAUUACUGUUGUUGGCAUUGCUAUUCAGAUUGGACGUGAGUUGUAAGAUAAAUGUAUGUAACUAAUUAUUUUUAUACCCAUACGUACAUAUGUAUACUUGCUGAUUGUAAAGACAUGGAUUGGUUGCAGCAAGAGCUCCAUAGUAAUGAAUUUUAUGUAAAAGCGAUACAUGUAAAUUUUAAUUUAAGGAAUUAAAUCCAUAUUAAAAAAGAUAAA